GAUAAAAGAUACCCACAACCACACUCUCACUAUUCAAUCUUUUCUUGAAAAACCAAACCACCACCAUCAUCAUCACAAAAAUAAACUACACACAGUGAAAGGUGUAAAUAUGGCUAAAAGUGGAGUGUUUGAAAAAGAUCCCACCGACAAAAACUUGAAGAAAGAGUUACAGAAACUUGUUAAAGCAAUUGUUGAAGAUGAAGAUUAUGGAUUUAGAUUUACAGAGCUUAUUGAUAAAGCUACAAAAACAUUACAAGAUUUAAAACAGGGGACUAACAAUCUUAAUGAUCAUCAUCAUGAUAUUAUUGAUGAUGAUAAAACGACGUCGUGUCCUCAAGAAUAUUAUUGUCCUCUUUCUAAAGAAAUCAUGAGAGACCCUGUUAUCAUCUCUACUGGAAAAACAUAUGAUAGAUGUUCAAUACAAAAAUGGUUAAAAGCAGGGAACAGAACAUGCCCAAGGACACAACAAGUUCUUUCCCACACGAUUUUAACCCCAAACCAUUUGGUUCGAGAUAUGAUCACACAAUGGUGCAAGAAUCGUGGUGUUCGGUUUCCUAGUCCCCCACUUCAGUAUUCGAAUGAAGACGGGUUAACUGAGGCUGAUCACAAUCAUUUUGUAUCGCUUCUCAGGAAGUUGGCAUCUUCGAGUUUGUCUGAACAGAAAGAGGCUGCAAGUACGUUACGUUCAUUGACUAAGAAAAUCCCUUCUUUUCGCGCGUUUUUUGGUGAAUCUAGUGAUGCCAUACCUCAGUUGUUAUCCCCAUUGUCCGGGAAGACUAGUGAAAUUGACCCUAAUCUUCAAGAGGAUUUAAUCACGACGCUUUUGAAUCUAUCAAUCCAUGAUAAUAACAAGAAACUCGUUGCAGAAACACCUAUGGCGAUUCCUGUGUUACUAGAUGCGUUAGAAUUAGGGACUAUUGAAACUAGAAGCAAUGCAGCUGCAACCCUUUUCACCUUAUCAGCAUUGGAUUCCAAUAAGUCACUAAUUGGUAAAGCUGGUGCUUUAAAGCCGCUUAUUGAUCUUUUAGACGAAGGGAAUGUGUUGGCUAUGAAGGAUGCUGCUUCUGCAAUCUUUAACUUGUGUAUAGUUCAUGAAAAUAAGAGCAGAGCAGUGCGUGAAGGUGCAGUAAGCGUGCUUUUGAGUAAAAUUAGCGACAAGGUUCAAGUGGACGAGUUAUUAGCCAUUCUUGCUAUGCUUUCAAGUAACCAAAGGGCUAUUGAAGAAAUGGGUGAUUGUGAAGCAGUUUCUUGUUUGUUUGCUUUGAUAAAGGAGACGACAUGUGCACGAAACAAAGAGAAUUGUAUCGCGAUUAUCUACGCCAUAUGUUUCAAUGACAGAACAAAAUGGAAGGAAAUGAGAGAAGAAGAAAGCAAGUAUGGGACUCUUUCACAGCUUGCCCAAAACGGGACCUCACGAGCAAAAAGGAAAGCUAACGGCAUCCUUGAUCGGAUUAACAGACCUUUUAACCGCACCCAUACCGCCUGAGCUUCAUGGGUUUUCAAAGAAUGUGUAAAUUCAUCAUCUUAGUGUUCAUAAGUUCUAGUCCCAUUCAAAUAUAAGGUUUGACUAGAAAGUCAACGUUACUAAGUAAGUUUGACCUCAAAUUUUGUAAAUUUAUUUUCUUUGUUUCAUAGUUACUGUAGAUAACUGUUUAUUACAUAUUAUAUUACAACAGAAUUUGGAGUCAUAAUGUGGA